GGUCUCACUCUGUUGCUUAGGCUUGCAGUGCAGUAGUGCCAUCAGGGCUCACUGCAGCAUCAACCUCCUGGGCCCAAGUGAUCCUCCCGUUUCAGCCUCCCAAGUAGCUGGAAUUACAGGCACGUGCCACUAUGCCCAGUUAAUUUUUUUAAUUUUUGUAGAGACGGUGUCUCACUAUGUGAAACCAGCUCAAGGUGGUCCCGAACUCCUGUGGCUCCUCAGGUUGGUCCCAAAGUGCUGGGAUUACAGGCAUGAGCUACCACACCUGGCCAAAAAAUAAAAAAUAAAUUAACCAACCAUGGUGAUGCAUUCCUGUAGUUCUAGCUACUCAGGAGGCUAUGGCAGAUGAACACUUGAGCCCAGGAGUUUGAGGCUGCAGUGAGCCAUGAUAGCACACUGCAUUCCAGCCUGGGCAAGAGUGAGACACUGUCUCAAAAAAAUAAAUAAUAAAACUUUAAUAAAUAAAAAUGAGGGGAGGGAUUUUUUUUUUUUUUUAAGACGGAGUCUCGCUCUUGUUGCUCAGGCUGGAGUGCAGUGGGACAAUCUCGGCUCACUGCAACCUCUGCCUCCCCGGUUCAAGCGAUUCUCCUGCCUCAGCCUCCAGAAUAGCUGGGAUUACAGGUGCCUGCCACCGCGCCCAGCUAAUUUUUUUAUUUUUAGUAGAGACGGGGUUUCACUAUGUUGGCCAGGCUGGUCUCAGGUGAUCCACCCACCUCAGCCUCCCAAAGUGCUGGGAUUAUAGGCGUGAGCCACCACGCCCGGCCUAGUUCAAAAUUCUUUUAUAGGGUUCGUUGAAGGUCACUAUUGCAAGGUAUGGGCUUUAGGAUCUGGAAGGAAUCUGAUUGAUUAUCCAAUCUGUCUUGAUCAAUUUAUAAAGGAAAUUGAUUUACUGAGGACCGAAGAGGGUUCAUUGAUUUUCCUAAAGUCACACAGUUGGGCCCAGAACUCAGGUGUCCUUGCUUGCUCAUUCCUUUCACUACUUCCGCUGUGCUCUGAAAUCCCACCACUGGUUUUGAGGAAUGAGGAAGAAAGAAAAAGUGAUCUCGAAACAGUUACUGACUAACAGGCACUCUCCCUAGAUAGGCAGCUCUCUGCCCUGCUGUCGCCGCCUCAGCAGUCAGACUGGGAGGGCAGGCUUAUAUGGAGAGCCCCAAGGCCCAGGGUAGUUGGUUGGAGGAUGGAACUUAAGGUUUUAAUUGACUCCUGUCUGGCAAUUGCCCUUUUAGGGUCUCCUCUACCUCUGUCACGUGGGAGUAAACCUAAUCUUUAGGGAUCUGAGGGUCAACGUGAUCAACAGAUGAAACCGCCAGUUUAUACAGCAGCCCUGGGCCAAACUAGUCCCUUAGAGACCCUCAAUCCAGACAGGAUCUAGGGCAGAGCCAAGCUGCUGGGGUCACAGAGCACUGAAGUGGAUACCCCUGCUGAUCUGCCUCCCGAGGCCUAAGGUGGCCACAGUGCUGUGCACAGCCACCUUGCUGCAUCCUGCUGUUGGUAGGCUCGUGCUCAGAACUCCAGGAGAAGGGCUAGAUCACAAUGAUAAGACUGACAGCUUUUUUUUAAAAACGACUUUCAAGGUUUGGUUAUUUUUACCUUCAUGACCUCUGAUUUCCCUGUGGAGCAAGUGGUAAAGUAGGGGUGGGUGGAGAGGGACUUUGGCAGACCCUGGCAGACUAUGGACAAGGACAGCCCUGAACAGCUGGCCCUGAGACAUGAACUGAAACAUGGUUGGAGCCAAGGACACAGGACUAACAGGAAAGGACACAGACUGCUGUCAGGACACAUACUACCACACACCCGAGGCCAGGACCCUGCUGACGUGGCAGACCUCCACCCUGGCCCCUUACUGCCCCCCGUCCCUCUCCCCCACCUGCCAGCUGCCAACAGGGCUCUGCCUUGUGUCUGCCACACCUGUCACUGCCUAUCCUUGUCCAGGGGGGCCCAUCAGCCCCUCCUCAGCUGCCCAGCAAAGCAAGCAGUUAGUGGGGAGGGGAGGGAACAUGGAGCGGGGGCUGGUGGUGGGGGCAGGACCGGGGGCUGGGGCCCGAAUCCAGGUACUGCUGGGCUGCCUGGUCAAGGUGCUGCUCUGGGUGGCCUCUGCCUUGCUGUACUUUGGAAGCGAACAGGCCGCCCGCCUUCUGGGCAGCCCCUGCUUACGGCGCCUCUACCAUGCCUGGCUGGCAGCAGUGGUCAUCUUUGGGCCGCUUCUGCAGUUCCAUGUCAACCCUCGGACUAUCUUCGCCAGCCACGGCAACUUCUUCAACAUAAAAUUUGUGAAUUCAGCCUGGGGCUGGACAUGCACCUUCUUAGGGGGCUUUGUGUUGCUGGUGGUGUUCCUGGCUACACGGCGCGUGGCAGUAACUGCCAGACACCUGAGCCGACUGGUGGUGGGGGCAGCCGUGUGGCGGGGAGCCGGCCGGGCCUUCCUGCUCAUCGAGGACCUGACUGGCUCCUGCUUCGAGCCACUGCCCCAGGGUCUGCUGCUCCACGAGCUGCCUGACCGCCGCAGCUGCCUGGCGGCCGGCCACCAGUGGCGAGGCUACACAGUCUCCUCCCACACCUUCCUGCUCACCUUUUGCUGCCUGCUCAUGGCAGAGGAAGCAGCUGUGUUCGCCAAGUACCUGGCCCAUGGGCUUCCUGCCGGCGCCCCCCUGCGCCUUGUCUUCCUGCUGAACGUGCUGCUGCUGGGCCUCUGGAACUUCUUGCUGCUCUGUACUGUCAUCUAUUUCCACCAGUACACUCACAAGGUGGUGGGCGCCGCAGUGGGCACCUUCGCCUGGUACCUCACCUAUGGCAGCUGGUAUCAUCAGCCCUGGUCUCCAGGGAGCCCAGGCCAUGGGCUCUUCCCCCGUCCCCACUCCAGCCGCAAGCAUAACUGAAAGAAAUAAAAGCCAUCGGGCCUG